AUGCCAUUUCAAGACUGUGACGGCCAGCUAAUCCUCCCAGAUAUUCGUGGUGGCACUGGCGAGCGUGAUGCUCUUUUCAUCAACGCCGAAACGCCCAAGCCUUCUGCUACUGAGGGGCAGGCCAUUGUGAAGGUCAAAGCUUUUGGUAUUAACCGCAUGGAUAUCCUCCAGCGUCGAGGCUUUUACCCGCUGCCACCUCAAGCGCCUAAGACAUUGGGCGUGGAAUUCAGUGGCAUCAUUGAGUCUUUUGGACCUGGCGAUCAUGGUGCUUUCAAGGAAGGCGAUGAGGUGUUUGGGCUAGCUUACGGUGGUGCGUAUGCCGAGUACAUCGCGGUCAGUACUCGCAUGCUGCUGCACAAACCGGCUUCCAUCGACUUUACCACGUGUGCUGGUAUUCCCGAGGCUUGGAUUACUGCAACUCAGGCGUUGCAUCUUGUGCUUGGCUUCACGAAGGGCAAAUCAAUCUUGUGGCACGCAGGCGCUUCAGGAGUGUCGGUUGCCGGCAUCCAACUGUCACGUAUCGCCGGGGCCUCUGAAGUGUAUGCCACAGCCGGAUCUCAGGACAAGCUCGACUUUAUCACUUCGAAGCUCGGUGCAACAGCUGCAUUCAACUAUAAAACGCAGGACUGGGCGGAGGAGAUCAAGAAAGCUACCGGCGGCAAGGGUGUUGACUACAUCGUGGACUUUGUUGGUGGAAACUACUUCCAGCAGAACCAGAAUGUCGCUGCGCGUGAUGGACGGAUCGUGCUCUUGGGAACGCUGAGCGGUGCAAAGGUCCCUAAUGCUGAUAUUUCUCAGAUCUUAUUCAAGCGACUUCGUAUUGAGGGCAGUACUCUUCGAAGCCGCGAUGAGGUUUACCAGGGCGAGUUACGAGACCGAUUGGAGCAGUAUCUACCAGACUUCGAGUCUGGUAAGCUUAAGAUCUUUGUGAAUGAGGUCUUUCCGUGGGAACAGAUUCAGGAGGCCCACAAGCAUAUGGAAGAUGCCAAGAACCUCGGUAAGAUUAUAUGCACUAUCUUCUGA